GUCCUUUCAUCCAGAAAAGCAAGGGGAGGAGACCCAGAGUUACUCUUUGGUGCUUUGUAUAAAUCUGGGGACUCCUUCCUGCAACAGACAUCCCACCUCCUUUCUGCUGGACUCGGUCUUGCUGGAAGCGUUUAUCUCCAGAGGCUGGGAAGCCAGGAUGAAAGCCAUCUUCAGUCUCAGUGUUGUCUGUUCCACACUGGCGUUGUGCCAUGGAUACUGCUUUCAGAGGCUGAACGAACUGGAGUUUAAAGAUGGCAGAUUUGUUGUUCCGGUUGCGUGCACGGACAUACAUGACGGGACAAAGCAUCCAUUUGGUUCUGUAUGGAAUACGGCCGAUUGCAUGAUAUGUAAAUGCUCUGCGGACAGAAUGUCAUGCUGCUCCCGAUAUGGUGGUACUGCAAAAGUUGAAGGAUGCAAAAGAGUGCUUGAUCCAGAAACAUGCACAUUUAAGUUCUAUAAAAUUGAUGACCCAUCAGUGCCGUGUCUCUGAGUUUUCACUGCACCCCAUUCAUGUUAUAUGAGGCACCUGAAUAAAUUACCCACUGGCAUGCA